GCAGAAACACAGCGGUCGACACAGCUCGGAGCUACAAAGGCAACUUCUCUCCAGUGUCAAGGACUCAAGGCCUGGUCUAGGCCUGUGCAACGACAACCUCAAGGGCCAUGGAGCUGUGGCUUCACCUCUCCUUCCUGUCCACAGCCCUGGCCUUGGAUGAGGUGCUAAUGGACACGCAGAUGGCAACGGAGGAACUGAACUGGCUGGCAGUGCCCAGCAGUGGGUGGGAGGAGACGGUGGCCGUGGAUACGAACUUCAACACCAUUCGAACCCACCGUGUGUGCAACAUGGAAAGCCCCAACCAGGACAACUGGCUGAGGAGCGGCUUCAUCGGGCGUGGAGAGGCCCGCCUGGUGUACGUGGACCUGCGCUUCACCAUGAGGGACUGCAGGUCGUUCCAGAGCCCGUGCCGGGAGACGUUCUCGGUCUACCACCGUGAGGCAGACAGCGAGGGGGAUGUGGAGGCCCCGGGAGUCUCUGGGCUGAGGGAGGACUACGCCAAGGCGGGCGAGCUUUCCGCGGAGCUGGUCUUCACGCUGGGGGAAGGCGGCGGGGUGAACCGGGCCACGGUGGCGGUCGGCCCACUCUCCAAGGCCGGCUUCAGGCUGGCCUUCCGGGACCGCGGGGCCUGUGCCAACCUGCUGUCCGUGCGGGCCUACUACAGGAGGUGCCCGCCCGCCAUCCUGGGCCUGGCGCGCUUCGCCGCCACCGCCACGGGCCCAGCCCCCACCUCACUGUUGCCCGUAGGCGGCUCGUGCGUGGACGGGGCCCAGGAGGCCGACACGCCGCCCACGAUGCACUGCAGCGGGGAGGGCCACUGGCUGGCGCCCGCCGGAGCCUGCCGGUGUAGGCCCGGUUACCGGGGCAACCAGGAGCUCACGGCCUGUACAGGUAACCAGGGCCUCCACUCACGC